UAAUUCCUACUUUUUUUUUUUUUCAUGUCGGACUACUGGUUUGAUUGAAUGCCGCAGGAGGACUCUGUUUGGGCAUGCGCAGUACCCUGUCAGCAUGGAGUUGAGGAAGUUUUGUGCCAGAGGCACCUGAGCGUAAAUUGUCUCUUAUUCAAACCACUACGAGAACGUUUCUACACCUGUGUUGACAGUGGAAGUUGAAAGUGAAAACAGCGAUGAUCUCAUCUACUGAUCUGGAGCAGCUGGCUGAAAUAGAGCUGCAGAAGGAGGAAGAUGAGGAACAGGGUCGUCAUGGGUACCGUCCGGAUCGCCCUCCAGCCCCACAUAGAGUCAGCAUCAGCCAGGACACCUCUCACCCCUACUACGAUGUGGCUCGACACGGGAUCCUACAGGUCACAG